GCUCCACCUCACUCAACCACCACCUAAUCACCUAAUCAUCUAUUCACCACUCUUGUCUCCAACCAAAACACCACAACACAUCCAAUAUGCAGUUCUCCACUCUCAUCCUCGCCCUCGCCGCCACCGCCUCGGCCCAGUACUCAGUCACAAACGGCACCUCUUCAGCCGUGGCGUCCUCAGCCAUUGCGCCCUACCCAUCCUCAGCCUCCAGCGCAGCAGCAACCGCCAUGCCCUACCCGUCAGCCUCAGGCACCGUAUCAGUGCAGCCGUCCGGCACCGGUGCAGUGAAGCCGACCAGCAGCAGCACGGCGCCGUUCGAGGGCGCGGGCACGCAGCUCACGGGCAGCGCGCUGGGGCUGAUUGUCGCCGGCGGCGUUGCGCUUAUGCUGUAAGCAUCCAUUCAUCUCAUGUACGACACACGCACGCACGCAUCGACUCGAUGACGCGUGGAUGCGAACGUGGUCUCGACUGGGGAGCCGGCCAUUUGGCAUUUCGACUGCACACUAUUGAACCAUAUAUGGUAUGGACUGGACUACGAGCUGAACAAGCUCCAUGUCUUUUUGGGAAGGCGUUUGGGAUUUUAUGUAGAGCAUGGCAUUGCAUGCGCUGCGUUGCAUGGGGGUCCAUGUACAGGAAGGAAUUUAGUCAAGAUUCAGACAGAUACGAGGGUUGGGGAUGUAAUGUCAACUCAAGACCUGAGAAACGGUCGAGUGUAUUGAAUUCUAUUUGAACACUGAACAAUUAUUUUUGCCUUGGUGAACCUUGGAUGUGUGAGGCGCCAUUGCGCCACGCUCAUUGUUGCACUUUGCGCUUUGAUCACAGCUGAG